AAUCUGAGCCGCAGAACUCUAGGCUUCCGAGGCAUUUCCUCUUUGAGACUGCAUUUCCCAGGGGCCACCACGCCGAAUUAGCCGCCACUUCCGGCACCCGAGGGUCGAUGUCCUGGUGGGGUGAGGCCCCGAGGUCGAGGAAGGACGCCGUGGCUGCCAGAGGCCUCUACUGAGCAGGACCCCAGCCGGAGGGACCCGCCAGUGUGGGUGGGCAGAGAGAGGCGCUCAGGACAGGGCGCUGACAGGCACCCGAAGGAGUUUCGGCAGAGCGCGCGCGCGCAGCGAGCAGAGGGAUUGUGCGACCGUAGUGUGGGUGGGGGGGUAUGCGUGAGGGCGCGCCUGGUGCAGCGGUGCUGCGGGGACGGGGACGGGGGGCGUGUGGACGCUGAGCGCGCUUUGCUAUGGCUGUGUGUGUGUCUGUGUGUGUCUGUAUGUCUGUCUGUCACGGGGACCUGUGGCCCGCCUCUUCGUCCGUCUUCUCUCCUCCCAGCCACGUGGCUGCAGCAUACCAAUGGCCCCAGUAGGGAGGCCAGAUGCUGAGCCUAGAAUGAAAGCUCCCCCCCAGAAAGCCUGGGCCUGGACUUGGGAUGGGACUCUUAGAGCUGCAAGUGCCUGUCUGGGGCCCCCACGGGGGCAGCUACAUGUUCAGAACUACCGCAUUCUCAGAGUUCUGUCCCCAGGAACCAGCUUCGAACUCGGGGAUCGAGUCCUCCUUUUACUCCCAUCCCAUUUUGUGCGAAUCGCACCAUUAUCCAAAAGGACCCCGAGAAGGGAGGGGAAGCAUGAGGAAGAUGGACCAAUUUUAUCAUUCUAAAAACAUGGCCUAUGGAUCUCUGUCAUUUGGGGAAGUGGCCAUCAGCUUCUCCCAGGAGGAGUGGGAGUGCCUGGACCCUGCUCAGAGGGCCUUGUACAGGGACGUGAUGUUGGAGACCUACAGCAACCUGGUCUCUCUGGCAGGAAGUUCCAUUUCUAAGCCAGAUGUGAUUACCUUACUGGAGCAAGAGAAAGAGCCCUGGGUGGUUGUAAGGAGAGAAACAAGCAGAUGGUAUCCAGAUUUGGAGUCAAAUUAUGGAGCUGAGAAGUUAUCUCCAGAAAAUGAUAUUCAUGAAAUAAAUUUGCCUAAACAGAGUAUAAAGCAAAUAAGUAAAACUCUUGACCUUAAAACCUCCAAUUUUAGAAAUGACUCAAAAUGCAGAAAUAGAUUUAGGGGACAACAGGGACAUCAAGAGGGGUAUAUCACUCAAAAGAUAAUAAGCUAUGAAAAGAUGCAUACUUCUACUCAUCAUACUUCUCUUAUUCACACUACAGAUAAGCCAUAUGAAUGUAAGGAGUGUGGGAAGUACUUUAGUCGUGGUUCAAAUCUUAUUCAGCAUCAGAGUAUUCAUACUGGAGAGAAACCCUAUGAAUGUAAGGAAUGUGGGAAGGCCUUUAGACUUCUUGUCCAACUUACUCGACAUCAGAAAUUUCAUAGUGGUGAGAAACCCUUUAAAUGUAAGGAAUGUGGGAAAGCUUUUAGUCUUCCUACCCAGCUUAAUCGCCAUGAGAAUAUUCAUACAGGUGAGAGACCAUUUGAGUGUAAGGAAUGUGGGAAGUCCUUUAAUCGUAGCUCAAACCUUGUUCAACAUCAGAGUAUUCAUACAGGCAUAAAACCAUAUGGAUGUAAAGAGUGUGGGAAAGGCUUUAAUCGUGGUUCAAAUCUUGUUCAGCAUCAGAAAAUUCAUUCUAGUGAGAAGCCCUUUGAAUGUAAGGAAUGUGGGAAGGCCUUUAAAUAUCAUUACCAACUUAUUGAACAUUGUCGAAUUCAUACUGGUGAGAAACCCUUUGAAUGUAAAGAAUGUGGGAAGGCCUUUAGUCUUCUGAUAGAGCUUGCACGACAUCAGAACAUUCAUACUGGCAAGAAGCCAUUUAAAUGUAAGGAAUGUGGCAAGGCCUUCAGUCGUGGCUCGAAUCUUGUUCAACAUCAGAGUAUUCAUACGGGUGAGAAACCAUAUGGGUGUAAGGAAUGUGGAAAGGCUUUUAGACUUCACCUACAACUUUCUCGGCAUCAGAAGACUCAUACUGGUGAGAAACCCUUUGAAUGUAAGGAAUGUGGGACAGCCUUCCAAUAUCAGUACCAACUUAUUGAGCAUCAGCGAAUUCAUACAGGUGUGAAACCUUAUGAAUGUAAGGAAUGUGGGAAAAUGUUUCGUCGUGGUUCAAACCUUAUUCAACAUCGGAGUGUUCAUACUGGAAAGAAACCAUUUGAAUGUAAAGAAUGUGGGAAGGCCUUUAGACUCCAUAUACAACUGAUUCGACAUCAGAAAUUUCAUACUGGUGAGAAGCCCUUUAAAUGUAAGAAAUGUGGGAAAGCCUUCAGUCUUCUCACCCAGCUGAAUCGCCAUGAGAAUAUUCAUACAGGUGAGAAGCCAUUUGAAUGUAAAGAAUGUGGGAAGUCCUUUAAUCGUGUCUCAAACCUUGUUCAACAUCAGAGUAUUCAUGCUGGCGUGAAACCAUAUGAAUGUAAAGAGUGUGGUAAAGGCUUUAAUCGUGGUUCAAAUCUUGUUCAGCAUCAGAAAAUUCAUUCUAGUGAGAAACCCUUUGAAUGUAAGGAAUGUGGGAAGGCCUUUAGGUAUCAUUACCGACUUAUUGAACAUCAUAGAAUGCAUACUGGGGAGAAACCCUUUGAAUGUAAGGAAUGUGGAAAGGCCUUUACUCUUCUGACACAGCUUACUCGACAUCAGAACAUUCAUACUGGUGAGAAACCAUUUAAAUGUAAGGAAUGUGGCAAGGCCUUCAAUCGUGGCUCGAAUCUCGUUCAACAUCAGAGUAUUCAUACUGGUGAGAAACCCUAUGGAUGUAAAGAAUGUGGAAAGGCUUUUAGACUUCACCUACAACUUUCUCGACAUCAGAAAACUCAUACUGGUGAGAAACCCUUUGAAUGUAAGGAAUGUGGGACAGCCUUCAGACAUCAGUACCAACUUAUUGAACAUCAGCGAAUUCAUACAGGCGUGAAAUCCUAUGAAUGUAAGGAAUGUGGAAAGAGCUUUAGUCGUGGUAUAGACCUUAGAGUACAUCAGAGAAUUCACACUGGUGAGAAACCCUUUGAAUGUAAAGAAUGUGGAAAGGCCUUUCGACAUCACUACCAAUUUCUUGGACAUUACCGAAUUCAUACUGGUGAGAACCCCUAUGAAUGUAAGGAAUGUGGGAAAUGUUUUACUUGUGGUAGCGAACUUAGAGUACAUCAGAGGAUUCAUACUGGUGAGAAACCAUAUCAAUGUAAGGAGUGUGGGAAGGCCUUUAGUCGUAGCUCAAACCUUAUUCAACAUGUUAAAAUUCAUACUGGUGAGAAGCCCUAUGAAUGUAAGGAAUGUAAAAAGGCCUUUAGCAAUAAUUAUGAACUUACUGUACAUCAGAGAAUUCAUACUGGUGAGAAACCUUAUGAAUGUAAGGCAUGUGGGAAAACUUUUAGACUUAGUUCAGUCUUUACCGCUCAUCAGAGAAUUCAUACAGGUAUGAAACCCUAUGAAUGUAAAGAAUGUGGAAAGACCUUUAGUUGUAACUCAAACCUUAUUCAGCAUGAGAGGAUUCAUACUGGUGAGAAACCUUAUGGAUGUAAGGAAUGUGGGAAGGCCUUUAGACUUAGGUCAGUUUUUAUUGCCCAUCAAAGAAUUCAUACAGGUCUGAAGCCCUAUGAAUGUAAAGAAUGUGGGAAAGCCUUCACUGUGAAUGGUCAGCUUACUCGACAUCAGAAAAUUCAUAAUCGUCAGAAGUCCUAUGAAUAUGAGGAAUGUGGGAAAACCACUGGAUAUGAACAACUUAACAUCAGAGAGUUCAUAGUGGCAAGAAAUUCUAUGAAUAUAAAAUGUGGGAAGACCUUUCAUCGUGGACUGAGAUUUGCUCAACAGUACAGUAUUCCUGCUGGUGAGGAAUUUUGAGUAUGAGUGACAUGGAAAGAUUUACAGUCACAGCAAACACCUUAGUGUUGAGAGGACAUUCUGGUGAGAAAGUUUAUAAAGAAAUACAGAGUAGCCUUCAUGUUCACAAUUUACUAAUCAUAAAAGAUAUAUUCCUAGGUAUGUUAAUUUCAUACACUUAGAAAAGCCUUCAAACUCAAACUGGAGGAAAACUGUUGUUGGAACAAAUGUAAGCUAACGUCUACCUGAGGCAGAUGCUUUAUCACCAUUGCCAUUUCACUACCUGUGUGACAUUAGGUGCCUAUCCUCUUUGUGCAUCAUUUGUAAAUGGCAACAAAAGUGAGUACAUACUAAUGCAAUUACGGGAAUAAAGGUGUUCUAGUACACACAAAA